CCACUGUUCCUCAGAUAACAGUGACUAUUGUCUUUCUGUAACAGAAAGACAAUAGUGAGACAAAGGUUGAGUCAUUGGUCCCCCCCGGUUUCUCUGGAUGCUUUCUAUGGAAUCGAGCAACCAAUUUGGGAGCAGCUACAUCUUUUUCAGGGACCUACACAGCUUCAGCAAGGGAAUAGCACUUCCACAAUAGUAGGUAUUGGAGUUUUCCCCUCUCGUAUCUAGCACUUUCUCCACCUCAUAAUGCUGCUCACCAUCAACUAGUAUCAGUGGUGGGGCCAUGGUUCUCAUCCCCCUGAGUGUGGAGGACAUGGCAGGACGUAAUAGACUGCAAUGGAAGACAGGGUAUAUCUUCCCUAAUAAUUUGGGUAGCUGGAAUUGUACAGUCACCAGGUUGAUCACCCAUAUUAUUGGGAAUGGAUCAAUGUAUUUGGGUCCGAGUUUUUUACUUGGUUAAGGGUAGUUUCAGAUAUUUAGUAGAUAGAAACACUCGUUGACUGAUAUAGAAGGGGGUUUCGGGAUGACGAGUUUUAUCUGCCUGGUGUUUAUACCUAUCAGCUGCCUGUUUUAACACGUCCAUGGAGCCUUCCCACACCUGUUUUAUUUGAUUCACCCAAUCUUUUAUAUUCGUAUCCUCUGUGUCAUAUGGUGGAUAUUCAGGUAUAGGUACGAAUUCUUUUCCUUUGGUUGUUGGAUGGAAAGCUGAGCUGAGCCCCUAUUGGACCCCACCCUUUCUAGGAAUUUCCUCCAAAACCUGGCAGUAAACUGUUCACCCCAUCGGAUAUUAUUUUCUGAGGUAGUCCGUUGUAUGUAUGGUCUUCCUAGCAGACCCGUGUUUUGUACUACUUGGAGCAGGUGUUACUUUGAUGAGUCCACCAUCCGUACACUCUGCAGCCCUGUGUCCUGGUCUCCCACACCAAAAGCCCGUUAUGACGGCUCUAGCUGGUGGAAUAAUAGCUGUAGGAAGUAUUGGCCGCAGGGAUGGGCUCACCGCCGGAGUCGGACUAACUGUUCGAGGUGACUAUCGCUGGUCUCUGGCCACUCCUGUCUCUGGUCUCCUCCACUCUCUUCUCUGCUGAGUUUCUCUGAAUUCAAUGUCCAAUUCCGUUGCCGCCUGAAACCAGGCUGCUAAUCUGGGUGCAAUACCCCUGCAGACACAGGCCUGCCGCAAUGUCUUAUCCAAACCACCUUGGAAAUGGUGAAUUACUAAUCUUUCCGGCCAACCUCGCACCUUCCCUACCAAUCUCCUAAAUUCCUGGAUAUAAUCUUUUAUGGGUUUUCUUCUUUUUAAAAAUUUUAACAAGUCCCCUUCCACUUGUUGCACCUGAGUAUUAUCCUCAAACCUCCUGUAAAGCGGAUAGAAAAUAACCUACGUCCCCCAACUCUGGGGCAUGGUCACCGUAUAAGUCAUCCACCCACUCUGCGCGGUCUCCCCUUCCAUAACUGUCGUCACUGCCACCACUAUAUCCCAUUGGGAAGUGUAUAAUCUUUCAUAUCUAUCAAAAUGAUUGAGAACUUGCCCAAAGAACAACACUACUUUCUCUGGGCUUCCAUCAAAUGAUGCUCUUAUGGCAGGUGGAUCCCAUCUUCCCAUGACCACAGGGCCCGGUCUGGUCCCCAACCCCCUCGGAAUGGACGCCGUCCUGUCACCAACCAUUUGGGACCUCUCUUCACUGUGUUGUUCAUGGGAACCCCUGGUUGGCCUAUGGUCUUCCUGGGUAUCCCUUUAUGAAGCCCUGGUAAGGCAACCCUAGGUACCUGGCCUCCUUAGCAGCUGAGAUCCCCUGUCCGGGCCCUCCAUGCCCUUAUCCCCAGGCAACGAAGGUCCGGGCCUCUGCCAAACAUUGCCAUAACCAGGGUCCCUGAACCCAGCCAUCCCAUACAGUUCUUGGAGCACCUCGAUGGUUUGGUUGCCAACCCCUGUUGAAUAGCUCCAGUUGUCAUCUUUGGAAAUCCGACAUUCUCUCCAUUGAGUAAAAUGGUCCCCCAAAGGGAUUAGCACGGGUCCUGGGCCCGGACGCUUCCUUAAUUCUGCAGGCCUAGCAUUCCCCAACCACCAAUCUCCAGAGUCACCCAGUCCAGUCUCUAGCAGUUGUAACUGGGCUUCCAAUUCAGCCUGGUUGCCUGGCCGCUCCUUUGGUCGAACAUCCAUUUGUGCCUCUUCCACCUGGGGUGGCACCUCCAACAAAGUGGCUUCAGGGUUAGUUGGAAUCCUCAAAGUCAGCUGCCUCCAACUCAGGAACCUUGCCUUCAGCCAUGGGUAGUUUAAAGGGAGCCCUAACAAUUCUGUCAGGUUCCAGAACAAUAAUAAAGGACACAAACAAAACAAACCUAGUUUGCUGCUGUCGCCUUUUAUUUCUGGCACGUACUGACCAUUCAAACGAACGGACUUCCCAUUACCAUUUAUACAUUUCACCCAUGCAUCCAACCCUUGUUACCCAAUCCUGAACGGCCAGCCCUCCCAUGUGAUCCGGAAGUGUUGUGCUAAUGUGGGUGCACCUGGAAUUCAGUCUAUGCCUUGCCCCUCAGGGUAGGGUUGCCUGGGGACAAGGGCUCAGUUCAUGCUUUAGCAAUAGCCAGAGGUUGGCAUCGACAAAGGGUGAUGUAGAGACGAAAGAAGGAGGCAGGGGGCGACUCUUAUCAGCUUCUAUUGCUCCGCUGGUGAUGUCAUCACCGUGUGACCGCCUCCCAGCUGUAUGGGACGACAGGAAGCCUUGUUGCAGUCCAUCUCAGUCUCCAGCAGUUUCAUCAGAAUUCAAAAUGCAGCAGUUGGUUUCUUGCUUGGGUGUGUGGUUUUUCCUCCAGCUUCCCAACCUUGGUUUUGGAACACGUGUUGUCUACAAAGUACAGGAAGAGCAGCCACCCAAUACACUCAUUGGAAGUCUGGCAGCAGACUAUGGCUUCCCAGAUGUAGGACAUCUCUAUAAAUUAGAGGUGGGUGCCCCCCAUCUGCGUGUGGAUGGUAAGACUGGUGAUAUCUAUACCACAGAAACUUCCAUUGAUCGGGAAAGCCUGAGAGAGUGCCAGCACUUGUUCCCAGGAGAUCCUUGUUUUCUGGAGUUCGAAGUUUCUAUCACAGACCUGAUGAACAAUAGCCCUCGCCUAUUGGAAGGACAGAUUGAAGUUAUGGACAUCAAUGACAAUACACCCAACUUUCCAUCUCCCGUCAUCACAUUAGCCAUUCCUGAAAAUACCAAUAUUGGUUCACUUUUCCCUAUUCCAUUGGCCAUGGAUCGUGAUGCUGGUGCCAAUGGUGUUGCUUCCUAUGAACUCAUGCCUGGUUCAGAUGCUCAGAAACUUUUUGGCUUGCAAGUAGCAGAGGAUCAAGAUGAGAAACAGCCACAACUAAUUGUAAUGGGAAACCUAGACCGGGAGCAGUCAGAGUCUUAUGACUUAACUAUCCGGGUUCAAGAUGGGGGUAGCCCACCUCGUGCUAGCAGCGCUUUGUUGCGGAUCACCAUUCUGGACAUGAAUGACAAUGCACCAAAGUUUGAGAAACCAUUGUAUGAGGCUGAACUUUCAGAAAAUAGUCCUAUUGGUCACUCUAUACUGCAGGUGAAAGCCAAUGAUUCUGAUCAGGGUGCCAAUGCUGAGAUUGAUUAUUCCUUCCAUCAGGCUUCAGAUGUAAUUCAUCGGCUGCUACGCUUAGACAGAGCCACUGGACUCAUCACAGUACAAGGUCCUGUUGAUCGUGAAGAUAUUAAUGUGCUCAAGUUCUCAGUGUUGGCUAAGGACAAGGGAGCUAACCCCAAAACUGCCCGUGCCCAGGUAGUGAUCAGUGUCAGGGAUAUGAAUGAUAAUGCUCCAUCCAUUGAAAUUCGUGGUAUUGGUUUGGUGACUCAUCAGGAUGGCAUUGCCAAUAUUUCAGAAGAUGUGCCAGUUGAGACACCUGUGGCUCUGGUACAGGUGUCUGAUCGGGAUGAAGGUGAAAAUGCUGUUGUAACCUGUGUGGUGGCUGGUGAUGUACCUUUUCAGCUGCGACAAGCCAGUGAUACUGGCAGCGAUAGCAAAAAGAAAUACUUUCUACAGACCACUACACCGUUGGAUUAUGAAGCAGUGAAAGAGUAUACCAUUGAGAUUGUAGCUGUGGAUUCAGGUAAUCCACCCCUAUCAAGCACUAAUUCCCUAAAAGUGCAGGUGAUGGAUGUCAAUGACAAUGAUCCAGUGUUUAGCCAGAGCUCAACAGAAGUGGCAUUUCCUGAGAAUAAUUCCCCAAAUGACUUGGUGGUAGAAGUGAGUGCUACUGAUGCAGAUAGUGGAUCUAAUGCUAAACUGGUCUACUCACUUGCUGGAGAAUCUUUAUCAAAAGACACCUUCUCAAUUGAUCCAGAAUCUGGUGAAAUUCAUGUAAAAAAUGUGCUGGACCGGGAACAGCAAGAACGCUAUGAAUUCUUAGUAGUUGCAACUGAUAAAGGUAGCCCUAGCCGCAAAGGAACUGCCUCAAUUGCCAUCAGUGUCAUGGAUCGCAAUGAUAACGAUCCAAAAUUCAUGCUCAGCGGCUACAAUUUUUCUGUCAUGGAAAACAUGCCCCCACUGAGUCCAGUGGGCAUGGUGACAGUUAUUGAUGCAGACAAAGGAGAUAAUGCUGUCAUUCGACUCUCAGUGGAACAGGACAAUGGUGACUUUAUCAUCCAAAAUGGUACUGGAACCAUUCUCUCCAGUAUAUCUUUUGAUCGUGAACGACAGAGUACUUACACUUUCCGGCUUAAAGCUGUGGAUGGGGGAGACCCACCUAGAUCUGCUUAUGUGGGGGUGACAAUCAAUGUAUUAGAUGAGAAUGACAAUGCUCCUGUAAUUAUAUCUCCAUCCAAUGCUUCCUAUAAACAUAUUCUGCCUAACACUAGUCCUGGGCAACAGGUUAUGAGUGUCGGAGCCGAAGACAUUGAUUCUGGGAUCAAUGCUGAAUUACUAUUUAGAAUUGCUGGGGGAAACCCCUUUGAACUCUUUAAGAUUUCAUCUGUAAGUGGAAAUAUCACACUAGAAAAAGAGAUUCUCCGCAAGCAUCAUGGACUUCACCGCUUGGUUGUACAUGUAAAUGACAAAGGGAAACCUUCUCACCAUGGCACAGCAUUAGUUCAUUUUUAUGUGAAUGAAACAUUGGCUAACCGGACACUGUUGGAGACUCUAGUAGGACACAGUUUGGACACACCUAUUGACAUUGACAUUGCUGGUGACCCAGAGUAUGAGCGCAACAAGCAGCGCAGUAAUAUUUUGUUUGGAGUCAUUGCAGGCAUAGUGGCUGUCACCUUGAUAAUUUUGCUUGUUGUGCUGGUACGCUAUUGCCGUCAGAAGGAGGCCAAAAGUGGUUAUCAAGCUGGCAAAAAGGAAACUAAGGAUCUGUAUGCUCCCAAACAAAGUAGCAAAGGGAACAAAGCCAAAGGCAAAGUGAAAAAAAGCAAAUCCACUAAGCCACCAAAACCAACUGAAGAUGAAGAAGAAACAGGUCUGCAGAAAUCACUUAAAUUCAACCUUAUGAAUGAUUCAGUAAGUGACAGUCCCCGCAUCCAUCUGCCUCUUAAUUAUCCACCUGGAAGCCCUGACUUGGGUCGCCAUUACCGUUCCAAUUCACCUUUGCCUUCCAUUCAACUGCAACCCCAAUCACCAUCUGCCUCCAAGAAGCAUCAGGUAGUACAGGACCUCCCAGCCACCAAUACAUUUGUGGGCACUGGGGACAGCAAUUCUACAGGCUCGGAGCAGUAUUCAGACUACAGCUACCGUACCAACCCUCAGAAAUACACCAAUAAACAGUUACCUCAUCGCCGAGUGACAUUCUCUGCAGCCAAUCAAGCUCAAGAUCUGCAGGAUCCCUCCCAGCACAGUUACUAUGACAGUGGCCUUGAAGAGUCAGAAACACCUAGCAGCAAAUCUUCAUCAGGGCCUCGGAUAGGGCCUCUGGCCUUACCUGAGGACCACUAUGAACGCACCACACCUGAUGGCAGCAUUGGUGAGAUGGAACACCCUGAGAAUGAUCUCCGACCUUUGCCUGAUGUAGCCUUGACAGGGACCUGUACUCGAGAAUGCACAGAGUUUGGUCAUUCUGAUACCUGCUGGAUGCCAGGUCAGUCCUCUCCAAGCCGGCGGCCCAAGAAUGCCCUCAAACUCUCCACAUUUGUGCCUUAUCAAGACAGAGGGAGUCAAGAACAAGUUGGGAAUGGAAGCCCCAGACUCUCAGAAGAGCGCAACAGCAAAAUGGCUAAUCUCCGUCUGCUCCCCACAUACAGUGCCUUCUCCAACAGUAGCCAUGAGCCCUGCAAGAAUUGCCCCAUGGAGGAAAUCCCUCUCACCCAGACCUCAGAUUUCCAGACAGCCACCACACCAUCAUCCCAAACUGCCAAACGAGAGAUCUACCUGUGAGAGUGAGGAGGCCACAUAAUAUUUGAAAAGAAUGCUGAGACCAGUGUCUAGUGCUCCAGCAUGAAGUGACUUUUCAAACUAUGAUUCUUUAUCACUCAGAUUGGCAGUUCUGUGCCUGCCAGAUGAGACUGCCAUGCCCAGUCAUUGGGCAUGGAAAUACUUCAUUAACUGAUUCCUCACUGAGCAAGGGAACUGACACCAACCAGAAUAGCCAAGCUCUCAAUAGAGUGGUCCAUGGAUAACUGGAAAGAGAGAGAAAGGAAUAUAGUGAAGGGAACUUGGCUUCUUGGUUUCAGGGCUGGGGUGGGUGGGAAAUGGCUUAGUUACCAAAGGUUCACGCAGAUUUGGUGGAGUCCAUUGGGCUGAGAGCACUUGGUACAGGUACAUGGGGAAAAGCUGCCUCUUGCUACUAUAGACUCCUGUAAAUAUGAAUUUUAGGAAUGACAUUUAUGUCUUGCCUGAUUGAGUUUUAUUUGUCCUUGGAACAAAAAGACAUUGAAACAAACAACACCACAGGGAGAAAUUUUCAGCUUGAAUUUUUCACCACACAGAAGAGCACAUUGGGGCAAGCACUUCCAACCAGCCCACCCUUUACUUCCACAGUGUAAAUAAGAAUGAAGCAUCAGUUGGGAGGGGGGUAUUCUGGCUGGUCAGCAGGACUGAGAAGGAAGGACUUGGCAGAGUUUUUAAAUCUUAAUCACUUUUCAGACUUCAGAAACUCUUAUCAGGUAUGGAGGAGCCCUAUAGCUGAUAGUCAGAGCUUUUAGCUGUCCUCCUUUGCCCCUACCCCAUAGAUAAUGAACUGCAGUAAUAAAAAAAAUGGAAGAACCUUUAGUUUUUCAGGUGGUAGAAUGUCUAACUCCCCCAAAUUACUCCACUGCCUCAUGUGAGGCAGAGAAUUUCCAUGGGGUCAUUAGAUCCCAGUGCCAUGAUUCUGGCCUUUGAUUUGUCUGCCUGUAAGCCACCAUUGCCUUUGUGAAAUGGAGCUUGGACUCAGGAUCACACUUGGGCCCAUAGGCCUCUGUAUGCUGGAGUCACAUACCCCCUCCCUAUACCUUUAGACAGCCUCAAGGGCUCCAAUGUUCUCUUCCAGUGCCACAUGUUUAGCCACAUAGUAUUCGACUACAGGAGCCUGUCAUAGUUUCAGUAGAGGCCCAUAAAAAUGGUGCAACUAUUCAUGGGCAUUAUUAUCCCCAACCAUUGAUGUCAUAAUUUGGGAUCACUCAAAAGACCAGCUCUGAAUUUAUAAGAGAGCACUCUUCCUCCAGCAAGCAGUUGGCUGCUUUGGUGACUAAGUUCUUAAGUCCCUCAGUAUUCUAGAUUUAACUAGGCCUGAUUCCAGAUAGUAUAGUAUUAAUGGCAAUCGCCAGCUAGUAUUUAUGGGACUUUUCCCAGUACAUAUGGUAGUGGAAGAGAGUCUCCAGGCUGGGGACCUAUCCACCAGAUUAGCUGACAUUUGUUGUACCCAUCUUGUUUCUCUUGGCUUAAUUCUGGUUCCAACAGGCCCAACUUUUUCCUCACACAUUGCCAUGUGUUUUUCUAAACUGUAUUACAGAAGGUGGGCUGGAUGUUGCCCUUCUUUGCUAGUCCUCUGUUCAACUUUCUCAACUGCAUGUGUCUAGGAAGGAAAGGAAACAGACAUGACAUGUUUUGUAAAACUAUUGUUUGUGUGGGUAUAUGGGUACAUGUUUGAAAGGACUGAUCAUUUGGAUAUAAGUUGGUUAUCAAACUAGUAAACUGGUAGGAGCAACAUAAAGCAAUUUUCAUUUUCCUCUGAUCAUCAGAGAUGAUUUCUAGGAUAUGAAAUUUUAGUGUCUCCCUGUAUUCUCUGUCCUCUAUUAAGCAGAUUGCUGAUCACCUUCUGACCAAAUAUAGUGGUAGUGGGAAGCAUUGCAAAGAGAAGUCCAGUGACUCUACUCAUAUAGUAAACUGCUACAUGCCAUGGGUGAUUAGAUGACUGAAUUCUUGAGUCCCAGGUUUGAGAUCACAAGCAACUUCCAGUGUGUAUAAAAAAACAAGGACUUCUACCCCUAUACUUUUUAAGGCUCAGGGCUAUUUCAGCAGCAAUCCAUAGGAUGGAGAACAGGAAUAUAGCACUUCCUAUCCACUCUUGUAUCAAGAGCCUAAGGUUAGGGUGAUCAUGUGUAAUGUAAACAGGAAAAAGUUCUGAAAUAGUUUGUUGAUUUUUAACUUAAUAUGAUAUGUGAAUCCACAUAUUAUGGCUUAGCAAACCAGACUGCUUUGGCUUGUGCCUCAAUUCUUGGUUAAAAAUCUGUCUGGACUGUAUGUGUAAAUAUAGUUAUUGAGGUAAAUAAAUAAAAGCAUAAACAAAGACUGUCCAAGGAGGGCUUCAGCCAUCCACCAUACUCAGAUUCUUUCCAGUGUAAUUAUAUUGUAUGGAAAGGACAGGUCUUUCCUUUUCCUAUUCUAUUCUGUUCUGUUCUGCUACGCCCUGCCCUGCCCUGCCCUGCCCUGCCCUGCCCUGCCCUGCCCUGCCCUUCCCUUCCCUUCCACUCCACUCCACUCCACUCCACUCCACUCCACUCCACUCCACUCCACUCCACUCUACACUACACUAUACUAUACUAUUCUAUCCCACUAUGAAAGGAAUAGAUGGGAGCCAAAAUCACUAAUGAAGGAAUACCUGCGUUGCUCAGGUAAGAUUAUCCUCUUUUAGGCCUAUCCAUAGGUUUGAACUCACUUAGUCAAAAUAUAACAGGAGGCAAUCUAAUUUUUAGUCCAUCCCUUGCAGAUGGGAGUUAUAAAACUGACCUCAUCCCAAAAUUGCUUCGGUAUUUGGAUAUACUUGCUAUAGGCCCAUUGGAACAAAUAAGGUUGCUUUUUGGUAAUAAGCCAAGGCUGAUAAUCUGAAUGUGGAGAGCUCUUCAUCUCUUUUCCUUUGGUUUUUCCAGAGUUAUGAAAUAAAAAAGACUGGCUAUUCAGGUAAAGGGGUUGAAAAGCAGUAUUACCUGGCCUCCCAAACUCAACUAAGACUUUAAAAUGUGUUUUGUGUGAGGCAAAAGGGAAGAUGACACCAGUAGUAAUUGAAAAUAGUCUUGAGGAAUAUAGUCUUAAGAAACGCAAAAGUUGCCACUGAACAAAAAUGCCAUAGGAGUGUAAUUGGUUGAUAAUCCAAUGGUCAAAAUACCAUUAGAAGAUACCUUCACCAUUUCAAACCAGGAAAUGCAUGCCUAGGAAAAGAGGUGGAGAAGGUUAGAAAAAAGAGGAUUCCAUGAGUUCUGGUCCAGACAAGCGCAUUCAAAGGCAAGGGGAAGAAUUUUGAGCAGCAUUACUUUAGGACAAGCCAGGGGUAAUACCAAAUGUGCAAGACCAGACACAGAUCAGUUGAGUGAGAUGGAACAAAGCAACCCCUAUGUAAUUCUUCGUGUUGAUUCUAUUUAUAUGAGAUUUCAGUUCUUGCUUGUGAUGCCUUGUUUUUUUGUACAGUUUUAUGUACAUGCAGGUGUAGCUUUUUCUAAAGGAGAAAUCCUACAGCAGAGUAAAGAGUACCCAACUAUUUUUGAAUUGUGCCAUUUGUUUAGGUACUGCCUCUUUCUCUCUUGCUAAGGUUGUAUUGCUCUCAAUGUGAUGCAUAUCCCUUGCACUGGGAAAGCUUUGGGCCUAGGGCUCUCCCCUGGCACUGUGAGCACAAUUGAUUCCUUUGUAAUCCUUUUUGUUUGGAGCCGUGAGCAUGACACCUCGUGAGCCCGUUUUGUUCUCUUCCAUUCUGUUGGUUUGCUGAGCUGUCAGAUGACAAACACCACUGUAAUUAGCCCUCCCAAAGCUUUACAAUAAAAAAAUGUGAAAACCUUU